AUGGUCUUUAUCGCCAGGAUACGAGCUCUGAAUGCAUUCAGACUUCGAACUCCAUUUUGCAUUCCAGCUGGUAGCAAAAGGUUUGUUUCUCUGCGUCCAUAUCAAGAAGAAUGCAUUGACAAAUGUGUUAAAUCGAUAAACCAAGGCCAAAGACGCAUUGGUGUGUCAUUGGCCACCGGAGGCGGAAAAACGGUCAUCUUCUCUAAUCUUAUUGAUCGAUUGCGUCGUCAGUCUGAUCAGGAUCGAUACCGUACUUUGAUUUUGGUUCAUAGACGAGAAUUGGCCCUUCAAGCAUGUAAAGUGCUGAAGACCUUUUUUCCACACUACAACGUCCAAGUUGAGAUGGGACGUCUGCAUUGUGAUAUCGAAUCGGCCGACGUUAUCGUGGCAUCUCUUCAGUCGCUGACUCGGAGACUUGACAACUAUAAUCCUAAUGACAUUGACCUUCUGAUCAUCGACGAAGCGCACCAUGCGGCUGCUAACUCAUACAUCAAGGUUCUCAAGCAUUUUGAAGCUGAUAGCAGUGACACUCGAAUUCCGGUUAUCGGAUUUAGUGCCACUUUUGAAAGAGCAGACAGUAAAGCUUUAUCCAGCGUGAUGGACGAGAUCGUGUAUCAUCGCGGCAUUAUAGAAAUGAUCGAUGACAAGUGGCUAUGUGAGGGUCGUUUCACAACGGUUGAUGUGAGACUAGACCUAAAGGAGGUUUCAAGUACGUCGGGGGAUUUCAAUAUUGAUGGAUUGUCCCGGGUCGUGAACACUCGAGAGAUCAACAAUGUAGUGCUCCAUACCUACCUGCAGAAAAGAAAAGAGCACCAUCUGAAAUCCACACUUCUUUUCGGUUGUGAUAUCAAGCACAUCGAAGAUAUGCAAGAGCUUUUCCAGAAGCAUAAUAUCAAUGCUCAGUACGUCACAGGUAAGACGCGACAAUCAGAAAGGGAUACGAUAGUCGAAGAUUUCAAACUAGGUAAGAUUGAAGUACUUAUGAACUGUGGAAUUUUCACAGAGGGUACAGAUAUACCUAACGUUGACAGCAUUUUUUUAUGUCGACCAACCAGGUCGAGAUCGCUAUUAGUGCAGAUGAUUGGACGGGGACUGCGCCUGCACCACUCCAAAAAUUUCUGUCAUAUAGUUGACUUUGUUGAUGCCUCCAAUGUAGGUGUCGUGUCCUUCCCUACUCUCGCUGGAAUAGACACGAAUGAAGUUCAUCUCGAUGAAGUUACGAUUCAAGAACUUAAGCAGAUGAAGGAAGAUUUCAUUUUACGAGAAGAGGAGAGGAAACUUCAGCAGCAAAAAGACCAGGACAACGAACGCUUGAUUCACCAGAAGUUCAAAGAACUGCUUGAACAGUGUAGUGCAUUUGAUCUCACGCUCACGACUUUCGAUGAUUUUCAAUCCUUUCAUAAGCAAACGGCUCUUGCGUCAAAUGAGAAUGCGCCAGUCUACGAUUCGGAACUUGGGAAAGAAAUGAAAUUUAUUAAGGACUCGCCAUACCCCUGGGUUCGCUUCGCCCGUGAUGGAUGGGCAAUGCCUCUUGAUCAGACACAUCACUUGCGGAUCUAUAAGGAGGUGGGGAAAAAUGGCGGUCCCGCAACCUAUAGUGUGAAGCUCUACACGGAGCUUCCGUAUAGCGUUCGACAAGAACUUGGUAUGCGCUUCAAGUCCCAUAAUGUGAAGAAAUCUCACGAUUUGGGAAUAGCGACUGCUGUAGUGGACAAGAUUACUGAGGAUUUGAAAACGGGUCCCUCAACGUCUGUCAAGAAUUUCCGAAAAUACGCGCCUUGGAGACUGACGCCUGCAACUUCGAAGCAGCGAGCGCUCGUUGAUGCUAAAAUUAGCAAGAUGUUAUCGAAGGAUGACUCCAAAUCUUCCUCUUCUCUUUCAAGAACGCAAGUUGAUAGGUAUCUUGCUGGCUUGACCAAAGGAGAAGCAUCCAAUCUUCUGUUUGCAUGUGGCAUAGCCCCUAUCUACCCACUGAAAGCUCUAUGCAAAGCACUUCCGUAUAAGUUUUCCUGA